AUGUUGCAAUUUUCGGUUGAAAUCCGACGCUCCCCGGGGUGGUGGAAAGGCCGUCUGGACUCUGGUAUCAGGAAUGCGUGGUUCGGCUCGGCCGUGGACCGGACAUGGAGGGUGAAGACUCCAUCUUCUCAUGCGGAAGUCAAGCUUUCUGCCAGACAAAUUGACUACAUCCUGGAUGAGCUUGAAGGUUAUGCGGCGCUUCGAGACGAGAAACAUCGAUGUCAGGUCUCCUGCUUCGAACGCGUUUGGGAAUCUGAAUCUCUGUUGGACGAAGAGACAAGGUUGGCCUUGCAACAAUCGUUGGACAAAAUCAAAGCCCUGUUGCAACGGAACGAGGAUAACAUGACUAUAGAUAUCAUAGACCACCAACGUUAUCCUCUGGUGUACAAUCAAACACUUGUUUCCCACCUCAAUGGAAGGAGUUACCGACCCAUCCCUCCUCCGCCUUCCACCGACAUCUAUACAGUUUCUCCCACAUUUGCUCUGCUCCCUUCCGACGUCUUUGUUUCGGCCGACUGCUCUUCUGUCAAAUUUCUAUCCUACAUCAAUAAUCUUGACCCAACUCGACACUCUGGAACUUAUGUUCUCCUCCAGAAGCUCUUGGCAGGCUUCAUGCCGCUUUUCGAGCACACUCUAACAGAUCUGCACCGAAAUAACCCUCUCGUGCAACGGAUUCCAGGCAGUUGUCGAUACACAGUCUGGGAGGAACCCGAGCCCCCAGACCACUCAGACGACGACGAAGGCUGGGUCAACUACGAACGAGAGAUGCGACAGUGGGCCCUCAAUCGACCAAUCAACCUUCCCGAUGUUCCAUCAACAGGUUAUCCUGGCGGCCUCGAGAACCGAAGACAUACAGUCACGCUGAGAAACAGAGUUGUCCAAGUUAUCGUAAGCAUAGUCAAUAUAACCCUAACUCCUGAUGAACCACGAUUCUCAGUCUUUCCUUGGCAUGUGGAAGGAAUGCGGAGUGAGCGAAUCGUUGCAUGUGGCUUCCAUUGCUUAUCGACGGACAACAUUACAAACACUUCGAUCCAGUUCCGCAUGGCCGUGACAUACCCUAAGGGCUUUUCAGCGGGAGAUGCUGGAGCUACUUUGCGAACGUGGGGCAUUGAAGACGGCGACUCGUGCCAUCAAUAUAUCGGAGAGGUGCCUGUGCGACCAGGCUUGAGCCUCGUUUUCCCGAAUAUCUAUCAGCAUCGACAAACGUCAUUCGAGUUGAGGGAUCCUUCUAAACAAGGUCACAUAACGGUUAUUCGAUUCUUCCUGGUCGAUCCAGAAAUCAGGCCGAUUGUGUCAACCUCGGUCGUUGCUCCUCAGCAGAAAGAUUGGAUUCAUAAAGCGCUGGACGACAACCUGGAUAAACGGUUGCCAAACGAAGUGAUAGAGAAGAUUUUAAACAAUGUAGAAGGUCUCAUGGACGAGUCAGAGGCAGACAGCUACAAGAAGGAGCUUUUGGAGGCGAGGAAGCGAUUCACGCAAGCGAGCAAUAGUUAUCAUUUUUGUAUACCCUUCGAUAUCUGGAACGGACCUGAAGUUGCACCAUAG